AUGAGAACGGAAUAUUCUGAUUUCGCAUUAAAUUCGAAACCAGAUAAGAAUAACAAUCAUAAGGAAAGAGAAGGUAAAUUGGAAAAUGCUAAAACAUAUUAUAUUCUUUCAGGAUUGAAUUAUAACGAAGCAGAAAAAGAAUUCGAACUUGAUUCAGGUUAUAUUGUCAGUGGUUCACUUACAGAUAACAUGGUUUUCCAGUGGGAUCAAGUAAAGGAAGGUUCUGCUUCAUCAAGCGAAACAGAAUGGUACUAUCCAUCUUUCACAGCAACAAUUUCAACAGUAGGAGGUGUGUAUACUAAAGAUAACAUCGAUCAGAAGUAUCCAGUAAACCAUAGCAAAUCAAUGUUAUUAUGGAUCAUUCUCGCCAAAUUUCCAUACGCAGGAAACAGAGGUUAA